CCGCUCGCGCCGCCGCCUCGGGCCCGCGCCGCGCUUCGCCGGGGCUGAGGAGAGGCCGGGCUCGUACCUUGCUGCCGCGGCGCGCCGUGUCGGGGAGGGCCGGCGGGAGGGAGAGCCGCUCGCGCCUCGGUCAGCUCGCGGAGUCGGAGCGGCGCCGCGCCGGGCCGCGUGAUCGUCGAGCCGACCUCGAGCCCUAAAGCGGCGGGAGAGCGCCGCGGGCCCCACCCAUCCGGGCCGAGGCAGCCGCGGCCAUGGCCGAGACGGAGGAGCGGAGCCUGGACAACUUCUUCGCCAAGAGGGACAAGAAGAAGAAGAAGGAGCGGGGCGGCCGGGCGGCCGGGGCGGCGGGCGCGGCGGGCGUGGGCGCCGGCGGCGGCGGCGGGAGCGGCGGCUCGGCGGGCUGCGGGGCGGGCGCUGGGGCCCGGCCGACGGACGGCGGCGCGGCGGGCGUGGGGGCCGCGGGAGCCGGGGCCGCCGCCAAGGCCGUGACCAAGGAUGAAGAUGAAUGGAAAGAGUUUGAACAAAAAGAGGUUGACUACAGCGGCCUUCGAGUUCAGGCAAUGCAAAUAAGCAGUGAAAAGGAAGAAGAUGAUACUGAGAAGAGGGAAGAUCCAGGUGAUCACUGGGAAGAAGGUGGAGGUGGCGGUGGUGGCGUAGAAAAAUCUUCAGGCCCCUGGAACAAAACGGCUCCGGUACAGGCAGCUCCCGCUCCAGUAGUUGUUACAGAAACUCCAGAACCAGCGAUGUCCAGCGGUGUGUAUAGGCCACCUGGAGCCAGGCUAACCACAACCAGGAGAACGCCACAGGGGCCACCGGAGAUCUACAGUGACACACAGUUCCCAUCCUUGCAGUCCACUGCCAAGCACGCAGAAAGCCGGAAGGAUAAAGAAAUGGAGAAGAGCUAUGAAGUAGUAAGGCACAAAAAUAGAGGUAGAGAUGAGGUUUCCAAAAACCAGGCCCUUAAGCUCCAGCUAGACAACCAGUAUGCUGUGCUGGAGAACCAGAAAAGCAGCCGCAUGCAGUGCAAUUGAGGGAUGGUCUUUGCUAGCCCUCCUAAGGUCGUGAGCCCACAGCUGAGCGCCACGAGCAGCCCUUCAUCACCUGAGCUCUACUGGAUCUGCAGCGCCCGAUGCAAAAAGUGACCUGGCCCUAUUGCCCUCUGCAAGUUAAAGUGCCACAACUGCUCUCUGUGUGGGAUGUAGGGGAGUUUUCAUUUGUUACCAAAAAAAAAAAAAGAGGGGGUGUGCUAGAUUUAGGAGUGCUUUCAUAAUUACUCUGCAAAUUCAAAAUUCAAUCCCCCACAGCUAGUGGUCAUUUCCAAAUCUUUUUAUGUUCAGAUACUGAGCCUCCAUCAGGGUUGACUACCUCAGACUUGCUGCCCUCCUUGUGGACUUCCUGUGGAUCCCAGCUCUGGAUAAGAAGGUUACAGCUGUUGGGUGUUGAAGCAAACAAUGAAACUAGCCCUGCUGGGUUCCUACGAGAAAGUCAGCCGCCUGGGUUCUGAUCUGCUGUAAAAGAUGAAGAUUGAAGUGACCUUAACUGACCUGUCCUGGGCCCCACCCGUAAGAAAUACUCUGCAGUAGGCUGUGGCCACAUACACUUCCUGGAACAUACUGCUCUCAAAAGACCUGCUUGUUCCCAUCAUCUUUAGGGCUGUGGUUCAUCCUUUCAACCAAGGUUGUAUUUCAAAGGUAACCAGAUUUGGUAAUCCAACUUGGGUCCACAAAAUGGGAAAGAGGAUGGGGAUGAGAAUGAUUUUUUCUAAGUAAUUUUUUUUUUUUCAAUUUGCAUAGUGCUCCACAUUAAGGCCUUUCUUGCUUUGACUUAGAGUAAGUUCUUUGAUAGAGCUUAUUCUAAGUAAAUAACCUGAAAUAUGCAUUAGAAUUGUAAAAUGUGUCAUGACUUUGCCAAUCCCCAGAGCAGAACCAAAUUGCCUGUGUGGAGGGGAGUGGCUGCUGGAGGCUCUCCCCCAGGUGCUGCUACAGCCUCUGAUCAGGUCUGAAUUGCGGUGUCCAUGGCUGGGAGAGUGGUACCUGCUCGGGUGAAGAGAGGUGCUGCUCUGUCCUUACACAUUCAGAGAAACAAGAGCAAAACUCCCCCUGAAACCAUUCAUGCUUCUUGCAUCACCUAGACAUCUGUCCAGAUUUUUAAGGUGGUGGACACAACAGGUGCCCGUUGGCUCCGUGGGUUCCAUGAUCCACCGUUUGGUGCAUCUGGUCACUGCUCAUUUGGAGAGUCAAGGGUAAAGGCGGUGUAGCACUUCUGCUUGUAAUCGUUAACAGCCUAAGACAUCCAGUCGUCUUUAGUCCUUGAGAGGGACUGGAGGAAGCCAGCCAGGCUUACUGAGAGAUGCCUCCCACCACGUGAGAUAUUCUGGCAGUUUUCUGAUUUUGUAUCUUGGGUUCAGUAGAAACUGCACAGUGGUAUGGAACCGCUUGAUGCAGAGUCUAGGUUUCUCUAAUCUCUUAGCUAAGUGCGGGAGCUGCAGAGAAUGAAGCAAAUGGGCGGGCGACGCCAUGCGGUGUGCUGACAUCUUCCUCUGCGCCAGUGUGGUGCAAGGACGGACCCCUAGCCGGGCUGCAGCAGCGUCCGACGGUCGGCCAGCUGCUCUGGGUAAUGAUGUUGCCGAAGGGUAGGACUGCGUGCACGCCCACGUGCGUGUGUAUGUGUGUGUGUGAGCCAGCCACAGUGGAGCUGGAUGGUGAAACAGGAAACAAGAGGCUAAAACUAAGGACAUCAUUUGGGACCCGGAAAGCUUAGUAAAUUAUCCCUUGGACCAUGAGCCACAUAUUUCCCCUGAGACAUAUACAUUUUUUUUCCAGCAAAAUUUUUGUUGGAUCUAUGACAGAGAAAUGAACUGAGAUGUAUAUGUGAGGUUUUAUUUACUGUGUUAGAUAUCUGAAGACCUGCAGCAGAUUUAAAUUCCAACUCAUAAAUUUUUAAAGGAAUGUGAAAUGAUCCAAAUGCUCAUGAAUCAAGUUUUCAUUACUGUAUGGUGGGUGGAUGAGGCUGUCCAUUUGACCAUUUCUUUGGAUUCUCAGGCAUGGUUUCGCAGUGCAAGAACUCUGUAACAUUAACAAAUUCAAUAAAAACUAAAUAUAUGAA